AUGGGGAGCUGCACGUUCAAGCUGGCUCUAAUCGUGAUCUCGGUAAUCGUCCUGCUGUUCCUGCCCUGUACCGCCGCGGCCGGCGUAACGAAGGCCAUCGACGCCAGCCGGACCCAGCGUCUGAAUCUGCCCGGGUCGCUGGUCGGCCCGGAGAGCGUCGCGUUCGACGGCCACGGCGCCGGGCCAUACGUCAGCGUCUCCGACGGCCGCGUCCUCAGGUGGGGCGGCGAGAGCGCCGGCUGGAGGACGUUCGGGUACAGCCCGAGCUACAUCAAGAACAACUGCUCGGCGCCGUCCGAGCUCCCGCCGGUCGCCACGGAGAGCUCGUGCGGCCGGCCGCUAGGCCUGCGGUUCCACCGCGGGUCCGGCAACCUCUACAUCGCCGACGCGUACAUGGGGCUGAUGCGGGUGGGACCCAACGGCGGGGAGGCGAAGGUGCUGGCGACGGAGGCCGGCGGCGCGCCUCUCCGCUUCACGAACGGGGUGGACGUCGACCAGGUCACCGGCGACGUCUACUUCACAGACAGCAGCACCACGUACUCGCGCGCGCAGCACCAGAUGGUCACCGCCACGGGGGACUCGACGGGGCGCAUCAUGAGGUACAACUCACGGACCAACCGGGUCACCGUGCUCCAAUCCGGCGUGACUUACCCCAACGGCAUUGCCAUCAGCACCGACAGGACCCACCUUGUCGUCGCGCUCACCGGGCCAUGCAAACUGCUCAGGUACUGGAUCCGAGGGCCCAAGGCUGGCACGUCCGAGCCGUUCGCUGACCUGCCGGGUUACCCGGACAACGUGAGACCCGAUGGGAAGGGAGGGUACUGGGUGGCGCUUCACCGGGAGAAGAACGAGUUUCCCUUCGGUGUGGACAGCCACUUGGUCGCCAUUAGGAUCGGCGCCGAAGGUGAAAAGCUUCAGGAGAUGAGGGGUCCCAAGAACGUGAGGCCGACCGAGGCGGUGGAGAGGGAAGGCGGCAAAAUAUGGCUCGGAUCUGUAGAGUUGCCAUACAUCGGCAUUGUUAGCACGUAG